AAAGAGAUUGUAGUGGAGUGGAGUGUAGCGAAACUGGGCAGAAUAGUAUAGGACUCACUCUUACUGGCACAGUCGGCUCGGACGCAUCGAAACAAGGGCUGGUACAUAUCUGCCCAAGUAACCAUUAAUUUAAAAAAUUAAUCCAUUAAAAAACAAUAAUAAUAAUGGUAUUAUAAUUAUAAAUGUUUAAUUAAAAUAUAAUAUUAUAUAAUUUAUUUAAUAAUUAUAAAUAUUAUAUUUGUCAUACACGGUUGGUAUGCCGUAUAAACGAGAUAGUGCAAGUAGCAUCGUUAAAUUUUCUACACGGGGUUAGCGCUCUAAAUCUUAAAGAUGACCAUAAUUGUCUUUCUCAUCGACACUUCUGCUUCAAUGAAUCAAAGGGCAUAUUUAGGAGGACGCCCGACACUUCUUGACGUUGCUAAAAGCGCAGUUGAAACUUUUGUUAAGGUGAGACAGAGGUCACCCGAAAGUCGGUGUGACAGAUAUAUGCUUUUAACAUUUGAAGAUCCUCCACAAAAUAUAAAAGCAGGAUGGAAAGAAAAUCUUGCCACGUUCAUGAAUGAGUUAAAAAACCUUCAGUGUGUUGGCUUAACUACUUUAGGUGCAGCUUUGAAACACGCACUAGAUGUUUUAAAUAUAAAUCGUAUGCAAACAGGCAUCGACACCUACGGUCAAGGAAGAUGUCCUUUUUAUUUAGAACCUUCUGUAAUUGUAUUAAUUACAGAUGGUGGAAAAUACACAACUACUAGUGGAGUUCAACAAGAUUUCACUUUACCUAUGCACGCACCAAUUCCCGGCUCGGAGUUGACCAAAGAACCGUUUAGAUGGGACCAGAGAUUAUUUUCAUUAGUACUAAGACUCUCAGGAACACCAGCAAUUGAUAGAGACACUGGUUUAGUAGCUAGUGACGCUUCACCAAUUGAUGCAAUGUGUGAAGUUACUGGAGGACGAUCAUACUGCAUAACAUCACAUAGAAUGAUGAUGCAGUGCAUUGACUCUUUGGUACAAAAAGUACAAUCCGGAGUUGUGAUUAAUUUUGAAAAAAUAGGUCCAGACCCACCACCUUUAGCAAAUGAAAUAUUACCGCAACAACAGUUGACCCAGCAACAACAACCGAUGCAACCACAACCAGUAAUACAACCGGAAGAUGAAGAUAAUGAUGAUGAAAAUUCAUCAACCACAGCUAAUGGAAUAAGAUCACAGUAUUUACCUAUUCCUGUGGCAGUAGGUAAUACUGCUUGGCAUUCAUGUCGUAGACUUAUUUAUGUUCCUCGACAAGCACAAAAAGGUUUUGCCGUUGGUUUUUGGCCUAUUCCUGAAAGUUUUUGGCCAGAUUUAAAUGCAAGUUCUUUGCCACCAAGAUCUGCUCAUCCUAAUGUUAAAUUUACUUGUACUAGUCAAGAGCCAAUGGUAAUUGAAAAUUUGCCUUUUGAUAAAUAUGAACUUGAACCAAGUCCCCUAACACAAUAUAUACUAGCUAGAAAACAACCAACAACUUGCUGGCAAGUUUUUGUUGCCAAUUCAUACAAAUCGAGUGAAGUUGGGCAUCCUUUUGGAUAUUUAAAAGCUAGCACCAAUCUUACAUGCGUUAAUCUUUUUGUGAUGCCUUAUAAUUAUCCUGUAUUAUUACCAUUACUUGAAGAAUUAUUUAAGGUUCACAGAUUAAAACCAACAAGUGAAUGGAGAACGCAAUUUCAGAAUUAUUUAAGAACUAUGCCUACGUAUUAUGCAGCAUCAUUGAGAAGAGCUUUGACGAGAAUGGGAGCACCUGCACCUUUAGCUCAAACACUCAUCCCAGAUAAUUUGGAUAACUCUUUGUCUUAUAGUGUACUAAAUUACUUGAAGCGUUUGAAAAAUCAAGCUAAACUUGAAUUUGACAGGUUAUGCACUGAAGUAAUAUCUAAACAAGCUGCUAAUGCCAAUGCUAAUAAAUUUUUAGUUAAUGGAACAACGUCAACAAUGACAGAAGGAAUUAAAGUAAUUCCCCGAAGUCCUCUUAAAAAAGAUUUAGUUUCCCAUCCUUUACUUCAGGACAAGUUUAUAGGACUCCGUGAUCAAUUAAAUGAAUUUGGUGGAUUUGUUGUAGGUCUUGUGAGAAAUCAGCAGCAACAGCGUGGAGCUCAUAGUUACAGAAAUGCUUUUGAUGUACCAAGAAAAAGUUUAUUGGAUCAGGUUGUACGGAUGAGAGCCAAUUUUCUUCAACCUGGAUUGAUGCAUACCAAGUUAUUAGACGAUGAUUAUGUUCAUUCGAUGCCUGUUGCACAAAUGGGCAAUUAUCAAGAGUAUCUUAAACGUAUGACACCACCGUUACGUGAAAUAGAGAGUACACCAGUACGACAACAUAUGUUUGGUAAUCCAUUCAAAAUUGACAAACGAAUGAUGGUUGAUGAAGCAGAUAUGGAUAUGGUUGGAAGUCCUUCAUCAUCAUCAUCAGCAUCUAACUCUCCUUCAACCGGAAAUCCAACGAUGUUAAAUUCAGCAUCUUCACCAUCAAAUUUACCUGGUAAUUCUUUAUCAUCAGGAGCUUUACCAUCAACAUCAAAUUCAAAAAGUCUAAAACGUUCUUUAGACAAUAAUGGUGGAAAUAACAUAAGUCCUAUUUUAACUCGACCGAGUAAAAGAAAACCUGGACCUCUACCUAAAGACUUUACAAUUAGAAGACCUUCGUAUACAUCACCAACACCAUCACCAUCACCAUCACCAUCACCUUCUACUUCGCCUUCACCUUGGACUCAAACUGUUGAACCUAAACGAUCAACAAUUACUCCAUUAGAAAUAAAUCCACCGAAUAUAUCACCAUCUUUAAAUUCAAUAAAUCCAUCGAUUCCAAUAUUAUCUAAUUCAAUUUUACCCAUAAUAACUACGAACGAUAAAUUAACAAAUGGACUUUCGGAUAUAACAACAGCAACUUUGCCUGUUUUUGAAUUUUCACCAACUGAAAUUCCAGAAAAUAAUUAUGAAACACCUCCUAAUUUAGUACCGAUAAUAUCAAAUAACAUUCAAACAAUUAAAACUGAAGUUAAAAAUGAAAAAAUAGAAAUAAUAAAAUCAGAGCCUAGUGAUUUUAUAAAUAAUGAGAUAAAUGAUGAUAGUAUGAAUAGUGUUGAUAUUGAAAGUAAACAAGAAGAAAGAUUAAGUAAUCAUGUAGAUGAAAAACAUGAUGUAAAAUUAGAAAAAGAAAAACCUUUAACGAAAAAACAAUUAGAUGAUGUGAAAAAACAUAAUUUAUCAAUCAGAGAGGUCAUACAUAAAGAAGUAAGAAAAAGAGGAACUAAUUAUGCUACAUUAUUUUCUUAUAUACAUCAAGUUAAAGGGACUUUAGACAUUAGAAUUGCCUUUGUGCGUGAAGUUGUGAAGGAAUCACUGCGAUUUAAACGCCGAACUUUGGCGAAACUUUUAGAAGAUUAUUUGUGCUCUAUACAAGAAGAUGGUUGGGUAACGAACUGUAAAAUUAAUCACAAUGGUGCAACUAAAAUAAACUAAAUACAUUUUUUUUCUUAUUUAAUCAUAUUAAAAAUGUAUAGUUGUUUGCACUCCAGAGUGGUUUGUUAUUUACACAGAAACAAAAACUAAAAAAAUCGUGCAGAUGGUUGUUAAAUAUAUUGUAAAAUUUGUAUGUUAUUAUUUUUUUUUUUUUUUUUUGUAAUUAAAAGUCAAAUUGAAUUUAUGAGAGAUAAUUAAAUAAGUGGUAUGAUGAUACAUAAAUAUUAAUAAGAAAAAUUUUAAAUUAUGAUGGACCAAACGAGUAUAAUAUCUUUCAUCUGUUGAUUUCUCUCAUCAGGCCAAAUAUUUCGUGUUAUUAGAUUAUUAGUAAAUUCAAUUGUUACUUUUCAUUUGGAUGAGUGUGAAUGUAGCAGACAUCAGACAAAUUUAAAAUUAUAAAUAAAUAGAGUAAAUAAUUAAUAAAAUAAAAUUUUUAAAAAAUUCACAUUUAAAAAAUUUUGAAA